AUGAUAUAUGCUGAUUUUAGCGCCAAUGGCUUUUGUUCGUGUACUGAAUUCCAGGACCAUCACUUACAAAAUAUUCAUCCAACAGAUUCAAAUAAUUUUUCUGUUUGGAGAGAGUAUGGUGGUAACAGCGUCCAAGGAUGGAUCAACGAAGCAUUUUACAAUUUACACUCGAAUGAGAGUAUAGUCUGCUACGAGGUAUUAGCAAAAGCUGACCUAAUCGGUGUAAGACCAGUAUUUACAGAUUCAUCAAUCAUGGGUGACGAUAAGGACUCGUCAACAUCUACUCCAGCGGAUACUCCCCAAGAGGAAACUCCACAUCAUUCAAGGACGCCUAUCAUCCAGGUCGAUCAUCAGAAUCCCAAGCUCCCACUUGUGAAUCCUGCUGAUGCCAACAAGGAUCACAUCAUCGAAUCCGACACCACUGAUGGCGAGAAUCCCAAGGACUCGCUGCUCAGCUCGCAAGAUUCCAAAAAACGUGGACGCAAGCGCUCAACAAAGGCUUGCGAACUUGAUCUCAAGGUCAGUGGGCAAUUGUCGAGAUUGAAGCUCAUCUCUGAUAUCGAAGCGACGGCUUCAUCACUCACCACUGCUGAAGGCCUGUCGUCACUCAAGGCUCGCAUGGAGGUGCUCACUCAAGAAUGGCAACAGUUUUCAUUAAUCCAUGACCAUUUAGCCUCCAAUGCCACUGAAGAAUUUCUCCAACAUCCAUACAUCAAGGACGGCACCUUUGAUGUAUCAUACAGAUCUUACAUUGGGGCUCGCACAGCUUUAAGCACUCUCAUUCAUCAACUAGAUGCUCCAGCUCAACCCAUUCCAGCUCAACAAGUUGCACCACGAGUUCCUCAUCGUGUGGCCCUGCCUCCACUGAACAUCAGUCACUUCUCUGGUGAUUACGCCAAAUGGCCAGAGUUCAGGGAUAUGUUCACCUCAAUUGUCAUCAAUUGUGAAGGUCUUCAAGAUGUCGAGCGUCUCCACUACCUAAAGACUCAUUUAACAGGACAAGCAGCUCAAUUAAUAGCUAGUACACCAAUGUGCAAUGAGAACUUUGCAAGUGCAUGGGCUGCAAUUCAGAAGAGGUACGAUGUUCCUCGUCUACUAGUCUCAGCGCAAUUGGACAAAUUAUUAAAUUUACCAACUUUGACAUCGAAGUCUGCCAAGCAGCUCUACUCAAUCAUCGAUCAGACCCAUGAAGCGAUCAGUGCACUCGUCGCUCAACAAGUCAAUCUUUGUGCCGGAGAUUGCUACCUUCUAAUUCGACUCAUCAUAUCGAAACUGGAUCGAUCAACCCGAGAAGCAUGGGAAUUAUCAUUGGGAUCAUCAGUGGAAUUUCCAUCUCUCUCACAGCUUCGUCAAUUCUUGACUGAACGCGCUCGAGCUCAAGAACGGUACGAGGAGAGUACCAACAAGCCUGGCGAUCAACAGAGGUCAAGUCACUCCAGCUCAAGAUCCACCGCCAAGGCCAUCAAGGGCACAGCACACGCCCACAUGGCUACUUCAAGCACUCAAGGCUCAACGGUGAUUCCAGCGUCUCAUGCAGAAGGGAAAAGGACUCCAGUGGCUCAAUACCCAUGUGACCUGUGCAAGGGAGACCAUUACGUGGUCAGGUGUGAUCAAUUCGGCAGGAUGACACCACAAGAGCGGAUUCAAGUGGUGGAUCAAUUCAGACUGUGUCCAAACUGCCUUGGACACCACCGAGUCGAAACAUGCAAGUCUCGGUUCAGAUCUCCAGGAUCAUCAUACUCGUUCAACACCGUUGCCCAACUUCAAGAUCACCGUACUCAAGAUUCAACAGAUCCAGAUCAUCAUUCAUCAGUUCCAGACUCAUCAACUGGUUGUGUUCCAGCUCAACAUGCUGCAACGUUACUCGCAACGUGCCAAGUCAAUGUCGUGACCAAGCUAAGUACUCAUCCAAUUCGCAUAUUACUAGAUUCCGGUUCUGAAAUCUCUUUUAUUUCAGAUACAUUGGUACAAUUAUUACAUUUACGCCGCACACGUUCCAAUAUAGCCAUUUUAGGAAUCGGCUCAUCAAAGGCUGGCCACACCAAGGGAUGUGUGACAAUUACACUAGUGUCACAACAUUCAGACCAGUCACUCACGCUGCAGGUUCAUAUCCUAGGUGGAUUAACGGCUCAAUUACCAGCUACCUUAAUAGUAGAUGCCGAUGUGGCUCAAUUCUCGGAUCUUACGCUCGCCGAUCCAGCCUUUGCCUCUCCAGGCCCAAUUGAUGUCAUCAUUGGAGCUAACUACUAUGGUCAAGUCAUCACUGGAGAGAUUAUCAGAUGCGAAGCACCUGGAUUGCUCGCAAAAAAUACAAUUUUUGGAUGGAUCAUCCUUGGUCCAGUCCAAGCUAACUUAACAACACCACCUAGGGCUCACCACGCUGUCUCCAAUCAACAUGAUCAGGAUCUCCAGGAUCUAUUAUCCAGAUUCUGGCUUCAAGAGGAGGUCAUGUCCAAUCAUUCGCGCUCGCUAUCACCCGACGAAGAAGCCUGUGAGGCCCACUUCAAGGAUACUCAUUCACAAGACAGCUCUGGCAGAUACAUCGUCAGAUUGCCAUUGAUAUCAUCUCCAAGUCAACUAGGAGAUUCAUAUACUGCAGCACGCCGCUGCUUACAACAUCUCAUGCGUCGUCUCGAUCAUGACACAAGACUCAAGACACUUUACAUGCAAUUCAUGAAGGAGUACCAAGAUCUCAAUCACAUGCAGCCUGCAGUUUUACAAUCAUCAGCAACUCAGUACUUCCUACCUCAUCAUGGGGUACUGAAGGAAGACAACAAUUCAAGCAAGAUCCGUGUGGUUUUCAAUGGCUCAAAACCAACCAGCUCAGGACUCUCACUCAACGACAUCAUGCAUACUGGGCCGAAGUUACAAGUCAACAUCUUUGAUGUGCUUAUUACAUCAAGAAAACAUCGGUUCAUCUUCAUCACAGACGUUACCAAGAUGUAUCGACAGAUACAAGUCCAUGAAGAUGAUCAAGAUCUUCAACAAAUUCUCUGGUUCGACAAACAAGGAAACAUCAUCCCAUUCAGGCUCACCACCGUCACAUACGGCACAAAAGCAGCUCCUUACCUUGCCGUUCGAGCCCUACUCCAGCUCGUAGAAGAUGAAGGACAUCGGUUCCCAUUAGCAAUCACACCACUCACGAAAGGUCGCUAUGUUGAUGACAUCUCCGGCGGCGCAGACGACUUCACAUCACUUCAAGCAGUUGCUGAUGACACUGAACGUCUCUGCACGGCGGGCGGCUUUCCACUCGCAAAAUGGGCAAGCAAUCAUCGCAAAUUACGUCAACUCAAUCGUGCGGAAGCGAUUACACAAUACAAAAUUGAGGAUCCAGAAGUCAGCACCAAGAUUUUGGGGAUGUACUGGUCUUCACACAGAGAUCAAUUUUCAUUUAAGCAUUCACCAUCGUGCACCACUCAACCUUGCACGAAACGUGCAAUAUUAUCAGAGAUUGCUCAAAUAUUCGAUCCACUGGGAUUCCUAUCACCAAUCAUUAUUCAAGCUAAGAUGUUUAUGCAGGAACUCUGGCUUGUGAAACUCGGCUGGGACACUCCACUGUCAGCUGAUCUUUGGCAUAAGUGGAUAUCAUUCAAGAAACAACUCAACAUGAUCAACAUCAUCAAGAUUCCCAGAUGGAUCCACUCGUCCACGACUUCAACUCUAGAAAUCCAUGGAUUCUCCGAUGCAUCGCAAUUGGCGAUGGCGGCAGUAGUAUUCAUCAAGGUCCUACCAGCAGAUCAUUCCCAAGAAGCAAAGGUUACGCUGCUUUGCUCCAAGACCAAGGUGGCACCGUUAAAACAUUUAACUAUUCCACGCUUGGAACUCACCGCUGCUCACAUGUUGGCAAAACUAGUCAAGCAUUGCCAGACAACUCUUGAAUAUAUUCAAGUACCGACAUACUUAUGGACCGACUCGUCAAUCACACUCACGUGGAUACACUCACAUCCGUCUCGUUGGAAAGACUUUGUCAGGAAUCGGGUGUCAUUUAUUCAAGAUCUAGUUCCAGAUGGCCACUGGAAGUUUGUCCCUGGCACGGAAAAUCCAGCAGAUUGUGCAACUCGAGGCUUGACAACAGCUCAACUCAAGGAUCAUCGACUAUGGUGGUCUGGCCCACCAUGGCUACUCAGAGAUUCAUCGUCCUGGCCAACCAGCCCAAUUCACCUCGAUGCAGAUGGUCAAUUAGAAGAACGUCCAAUCAAGGCAUUCUACGUUUCAGCUCAGCCCUUGGAAUCAACAUGGAAAAUCAUGGAACGCCCAAUCCCGUUGCUGUGCAUGCUCAGAGUCACAGCAAUAUGUUGGAGAGUGCGCGACAUGAUCCAGCGCAAACCAAACUCAACUUUGAUCCAUCCAAUCACGUCUCAAGAAAUCAACCUAGCACUUCAAUUCUGCAUCAAGGAAACUCAGCGAGUUCACUUUCAUUCUGAGCUCCAACUACUCGCAAAACAAGCAUCAUGGCCUAAGGAUCACCCGUUUGCCCGAUUGGUUGCCUUUCAAGACACCGAUGGCAUCAUUCGUGUAGGAGGGAGGCUGGAAAAUGCUCCAGACUCUGAUCAACAAAAGCACCCUGCAAUUUUACCUCGUGAUGCUGCUCUGACUCGGCUCAUCAUCUCUGAUGCUCAUCAGCGUACCAUGCAUGGUGGAACUCAACUCACCCUAGCAUGCACUCGUCAACGAUAUUGGAUCAUCGGUGGACGUCAACCUGUUCGCUCACACAUUCUCAAAUGUCUCGUCUGUGCUCGACAUCGAGGUGUUCGAGCUCAACAAUUAAUGGGACAGCUACCAGCUCAACGUGUCACUCCAUCCCCACCAUUCUCACAUACAGGAGUUGAUUACGCUGGUCCAGUAUCAAUUAAAUCUUGGAAAGGAAGAGGAUCAAAAGCAGUCCAUCUGGAUCUCGUCAGUGAUUAUUCAUCAUCAGGAUUCAUCGCAGCUCUCAGACGAUUCAUCCAUCGUCGAGGUGUCUGCACAUCACUCUACAGCGACUGUGGGACAACGUUUCAAGGCGCAUACUCAGAAAUCAAACGACUCUUCGUCCAAGGAACUCAGGAAUCAAGAGAUCUACUCGAUUGGGCCACAGUACAUCAGAUUACAUGGCAUUUCAAUUCACCAGCAGCUCCUCACAUGGGUGGAAAGUGGGAGGCAGCUGUGAAAUCACUGAAACACCAUCUAACUCGAACCAUUGGAGAAUCAUCAUUCACGUUUGAGGAAUUUACAACUCUUCUGACACAGGUGGAGGCGAUUCUCAACUCACGACCCAUGGAGGCUCUUUCAGAUGACCCUCAGGAUCUAUCAUCACUCACUCCAGGUCAUUUUCUCAUCGGAAGACCACUCAACGCCAUCAUUGAACCUUCACUCAUCGACACGGAUGUCUCAAGGCUAUCCAGAUGGCAGUUCAUUCAACAACGUGUUCAACAUUUUUGGAGACACUGGUCCAACAGCUAUAUCCAACGUCAAUUGGCCCGUACCAAGUGGCACCAGGCUCGCCAUGACAUUCAACUCGGCUCACUAGUCCUGCUCACGGAUGAACGAACUCCUCCAACACAGUGGCCACUAGCCAAGGUAAUUGCUCUGCACCCUGGAAAGGACAAUCUGACCAGAGUGGUAACCAUUCAAACGGUCAAUGCCACUCUCACUCGACCAAUCUCCAAGCUCGCACUCCUGCCACUUGCUCCAGAGCCAGAUGCCUAG